UGUGUGUAUUAGAAAGUUAGGGCGGUGGCCUAAUAAGGCAGGGUUAUCAGGGUUUAUAAAUUUGAUCCCUGCAGGUUGCAUAGUUGCUUCCUCCCACCUGGAUCUUCGGAACGACUGUUUCUUUAAACGCAAGUUUUCUGCUGAGCUUUACUGAGUUGAACACACAGUGCAGUCAUGGGGGAUGCAGAGAUGUCUGUGUAUGGGAUAGCCGCCCCAUACCUGCGGAAGUCAGAGAAAGAGCGUAUGGAGGCUUCCACCCGUACCUUCGACAUAAAGAAGGAAUGCUUCGUCCCUGAUGCAGUAGAAGAGUUUGUGAAGGCUUCCGUCACAAGUCGAGAUGGGGACAGUGUCACUGUCCAGACGCAGAACGGAAAGACUGUGACUGUCAAAGACUCCCAGGUUCUGCAACAGAAUCCUCCAAAGUUUGACAAGAUUGAAGACAUGGCAAUGUUGACUUUCCUCCAUGAGCCCGCUGUGCUGUUUAACCUCAAAGAGCGUUAUGCAGCAUGGAUGAUUUAUACCUACUCUGGGUUGUUCUGCGUCACUGUGAACCCUUACAAAUGGCUGCCAGUGUACAACCAAGAGGUUGUUAUCGCCUACAGGGGAAAAAAGAGGAGUGAAGCUCCUCCCCACAUCUUCUCCAUUUCUGACAACGCCUACCAGUACAUGCUGGCAGAUCGUGAAAAUCAGUCAAUUUUGAUCACUGGAGAAUCUGGUGCAGGAAAGACUGUCAACACAAAGCGAGUCAUCCAGUAUUUUGCAAGUAUUGCAGCUGGAAGUGUCAAGAAAGAUCCCAAUGCCAAAGACAAGGGUACCCUGGAGGAUCAAAUUAUCCAAGCUAACCCUGCUUUGGAGGCUUUUGGAAAUGCAAAAACUAUUAGAAAUGACAACUCAUCGAGAUUUGGAAAAUUCAUCCGAAUUCACUUUGAUACCAGAGGAAAGUUGGCUUCUGCUGAUAUUGAAACAUAUCUUCUGGAAAAAUCAAGAGUGACCUUCCAGCUUAAGGCUGAGCGAGAUUACCACAUUUUCUAUCAGAUUUUGUCCAACAAGAAGCCAGAAAUUCUGGAGAUGCUGUUGAUCACAAACAAUCCUUAUGACUACGCCUUCAUCUCUCAGGGAGAAACACAAGUGGCCUCCAUUGAUGAUGCAGACGAACUGAUGGCAACAGAUAAUGCUUUUGAUGUGCUGGGCUUCACACAAGAGGAAAAGAACUCUGUGUACAAGCUGACGGGUGCCAUCAUGCACUACGGUAACAUGAAGUUCAAGCAGAAGCAGCGCGAGGAGCAGGCGGAGGCUGAUGGCACCGAAGAUGCUGACAAAUCAGCUUAUCUGAUGGGCCUGAACUCUGCUGACCUCAUCAAAGGUCUCUGUCAUCCAAGAGUGAAAGUAGGAAAUGAGUGGGUCACGAAGGGACAAAAUGUCGCCCAGGUGUACUAUGCUGUUGGCGCUCUAUCCAAGGCUGUUUAUGAGAAGAUGUUUCUGUGGAUGGUGGUCAGAAUCAACCAGUCGUUGGAAACGAAGCAACCUCGCCAAUACUUUAUUGGAGUUUUGGACAUCGCUGGAUUUGAGAUCUUUGACUUCAACACAUUCGAGCAGUUGUGCAUCAACUUCACCAAUGAAAAACUGCAACAGUUUUUCAACCAUCACAUGUUUGUGCUGGAACAAGAAGAGUACAAGAAAGAAGGCAUUGAAUGGACUUUCAUUGAUUUUGGUAUGGACUUGCAGGCAUGCAUUGACCUGAUUGAAAAGCCCAUGGGUAUCAUGUCCAUCCUUGAAGAGGAGUGCAUGUUCCCUAAAGCCAGUGAUGCCACUUUUAAAGCUAAGCUUUAUGACAACCACCUGGGAAAAUCCAGCAACUUUCAAAAGCCCAGGAUAGUCAAAGGGAAACCAGAGGCCCAUUUUGCCCUGAUGCACUAUGCUGGAACAGUUGAUUACAAUAUCAACAACUGGCUGGUAAAGAACAAGGAUCCCCUCAAUGAGACUGUUGUUUCACUUUACCAAAAGUCUACUCUCAAAUUAUUGGCCAUACUGUUUGCAAAUUACGCUGGGGCUGACUCAGGUACCAUUCAAUCAAACUAAGAUUUUCUGUGUCACUUUGUCAAAUUCAAAGAAUAUCAUAUUUCAUCAUUUUCUGUGAACAGCUAUGGUGAAAGUGGAGAAGGAGGCAAGAAGGAGAAGAAAAGAAAGGGUUCAUCCUUCCAAACGGUUUCUGCCCUCCACAGGGAGAAUCUGAACAAGCUGAUGACCAAUUUGAGGUCUACUCAUCCCCACUUUGUCCGCUGCAUCAUCCCCAAUGAGACCAAGACUCCUGGCGCUAUGGAGAACCCUCUGGUGAUGCACCAGCUACGCUGUAACGGUGUAUUGGAAGGCAUCCGAAUAUGCAGGAAGGGUUUCCCCAAUAGGAUCCUCUAUGGGGAUUUCAAACAGAGGUAUCGCAUUUUGAAUCCUGCCGCCAUUCCUGAAGGACAGUUCAUUGACAGCAGAAAAGGAGCAGAAAAACUCCUUGGUUCUCUGGAUAUUGAUCACAAUCAAUACAAGUUCGGUCAUACUAAGGUAUUCUUCAAAGCCGGACUGUUGGGUCUUCUCGAGGAAAUGCGAGACGAGCGUCUCUCCAAAAUCAUCACCGCAAUUCAAGCUAGAUCUCGUGGUCUUCUGUCUCGUAUUGAGUAUCAGAAGAUGGUGGAACGCAGAGAUGCUUUAUUGGUGAUCCAGUGGAAUAUCCGUUCAUUCAUGGGGGUCAAAAAUUGGCCUUGGAUGAAGCUGUUCUUCAAGAUCAAACCUCUUUUAAGAUCUGCCGAAGCAGAAAAGGAAAUGGCCAACAUGAAGGAAGAAUUCCUAAAGUUGAAAGAAGCUUAUGCAAAGUCUGAAACACGUAGAAAGGAAUUGGAGGAGAAAAUGGUUUCCCUACUCCAAGAGAAGAAUGAUCUACAACUUCAAGUUCAAGCGGAACAAGAUAAUCUUUGUGAUGCUGAAGAAAGAUGUGAGGGGCUGAUUAAAAACAAAAUCCAGAUGGAGGCAAAAGCCAAAGAGUUAACUGAAAGACUGGAAGAUGAGGAGGAGAUGAAUGCUGAGUUAACAGCAAAGAAGCGAAAGCUUGAGGACGAGUGUUCUGAGCUGAAAAAGGAUAUUGAUGACUUGGAAUUAACUCUGGCUAAAGUGGAGAAAGAGAAGCAUGCCACUGAGAACAAGGUGAAGAACCUGACAGAGGAAAUGGCAGCUUUGGAAGAAAUCAUCGCAAAGCUAACCAAAGAGAAGAAAGCUUUACAAGAAGCUCAUCAGCAAACAUUGGAUGACCUUCAGAGCGAAGAAGAUAAAGUCAACACUCUGACAAAGGCCAAAUCAAAACUGGAGCAACAAGUGGAUGAUCUUGAAGGGUCUCUUGAACAAGAGAAAAAAGUUCGAAUGGACCUAGAGAGAGCAAAGAGGAAACUCGAGGGAGAUUUGAAGAUGACUCAAGAAACUCUUAUGGACCUAGAAAACGAUAAACAGCAGCUGGAGGAACGAUUGAAAAAGAAAGACUUUGAAAUUAGUCAGCUGAACGGAAAAAUUGAAGAUGAGCAAGCCAUAGUAAUGCAGCUUCAGAAGAAGUUGAAAGAGCUGCAGGCUCGUGUCGAGGAGCUAGAGGAAGAGCUUGAGGCAGAACGGGCUGCCCGAGCCAAGGUGGAGAAGCAGAGAGCAGACUUGGCUAGAGAGCUGGAGGAGAUCAGUGAGAGGCUGGAGGAGGCAGGUGGAGCCACAUCUGCCCAGAUUGAGAUGAACAAGAAGAGGGAGGCUGAGUUCCAGAAACUCCGCAGAGACCUGGAGGAGGCCACCCUGCAGCAUGAAGCCACCGCAGCCACACUGAGAAAGAAACAAGCUGACAGUGUUGCUGACCUGGGGGAGCAGAUUGACAACCUACAGAGAGUCAAGCAAAAACUGGAGAAAGAGAAGAGCGAACUCAGAUUGGAACUGGAUGAUGUUGUUUCCAAUAUGGAACAUAUUGUGAAAUCAAAAGUUUUCUUGGAGAAGACGAACAGAACUCUGGAAGAUCAAAUGAAUGAAUACAGGACUAAGUGUGAUGAACAUCAAAGAUCCCUGAAUGACUUUAGCACACAAAAAGCAAAGCUUCAAGCUGAGAAUGAUGAGUAUUUUAGACAGUUAGAGGAGAAAGAAGCCCUCAUUUCCCAGUUGACAAGAGGAAAGAAUUCUUACAACCAACAACUUGAAGAUUUGAAACGACAACUGGAGGAAGAGCUCAAGGCCAAGAAUGCUUUAGCCCAUGCUGUGCAGUCCUCUCGCCAUGACUGUGACCUGCUCAGAGAGCAGUAUGAGGAGGAGCAGGAAGCAAAAGCUGAACUGCAGCGUGGCAUGUCCAAGUCUAACUCUGAAGUGGCUCAGUGGAGGACUAAGUAUGAAACUGAUGCCAUCCAGAGGACUGAAGAACUGGAAGAUGCUAAGAAGAAGCUGGCUCAGCGCCUGCAGGAUGCCGAAGAGGCUGUGGAAGCAGUGAAUGCUAAAUGUUCUUCUUUGGAGAAAACCAAGCAUAGACUGCAGAAUGAGAUCGAAGACCUCAUGGUGGAUGUGGAGAGAUCUAAUGCUGCUGCUGCUGCUCUGGAUAAGAAGCAAAGAAACUUUGAUAAGGUUCUGUCUGAGUGGAAACAGAAGUAUGAAGAAUCUCAGUGUGAGUUGGAGGGCUCCCAAAAGGAAGCCAGAGGUUUGAGCACAGAACUCUUCAAGUUGAAGAAUUCCUAUGAAGAGUCCCUCGACCAACUAGAAACUGUCAAAAGAGAGAAUAAGAAUUUACAGGAGGAGAUAUCCGACCUCACUGAGCAACUUAGUGAGGGAGGAAAGACUAUUCACGAGUUGGAGAAAGUUCGCAAACAGCUUGAGCAGGAAAAGAGUGAAAUUCAAUCUGGUCUUGAAGAAGCUGAGGCCUCCUUGGAGCACGAGGAGGGCAAGAUUUUGAGAGCCCAUCUUGAGUUCAAUCAAAUAAAGGCCGAGAUGGAACGCAAAAUAGCUGAGAAAGACGAGGAGAUGGAGCAGUGCAAGAGGAACCUGCAGAGGACUAUUGAGACCCUACAAAGUUCACUUGAAGCUGAGUGCCGAAGCAGGAAUGAGGCCCUCCGUUUGAAGAAGAAGAUGGAGGGAGACCUCAAUGAAAUGGAGAUUCAGCUAAGUCAGGCAAACAGGCAGGCAGCUGAGGCGCAGAAGCAACUCAAAUCUGUUCAUGCACAUCUCAAGGAUUGCCAACUUCAGCUUGAUGAGUCUGUCCGUGCCAAUGAUGAUCUAAAAGAGAACAUUGCUAUUGUGGAGAGGCGGAACAACCUGAUUCAGGCUGAAUUGGAGGAACUAAGGUCUGCUCUCGAACAGACGGAAAGAAGUCGCAAACUUGCUGAGCAAGAGUUGCUGGAUGUCACUGAGAGGGUGCAGCUACUGCACUCACAGAACACUGCUCUGAUAAACCAAAAGAAAAAACUAGAGGCAGACACCACCCAGCUCCAAACAGAAGUAGAAGAUGCGGUCCAGGAAUGCAGGAAUGCCGAGGAGAAGGCCAAGAAGGCCAUCACUGAUGCUGCAAUGAUGGCAGAAGAGCUGAAGAAAGAGCAAGACACCAGUGCUCACCUGGAGCGAAUGAAGAAGAACAUGGAACAAACCAUCAAAGAUCUACAGCACCGCUUGGAUGAAGCUGAACAAAUUGCAUUGAAGGGAGGCAAGAAGCAAAUGCAGAAGCUUGAGGCCAGGGUUAAAGAGCUAGAGAGUGAGGUGGAAAUGGAACAGAAGAGAAGCAGUGAAGCUGUAAAGGGUGUCCGGAAAUAUGAACGCCGUAUCAAGGAACUUACUUACCAGACUGAGGAAGACCGCAAAAACCUUGCCCGUCUCCAAGACUUGGUAGACAAGCUGCAACUUAAAGUUAAAGCCUACAAAAGAUCUGCAGAGGAGGCUGAGGAGCAGGCUAAUGUUCAUCUGGGAAAGUUCCGGAAGAUACAGCAUGAACUGGAUGAGGCUGAAGAGCGUGCUGACAUAGCUGAGUCUCAGGUCAACAAGCUGCGUGCCAAGAGCCGUGACGCUGGCUCCAAGAAAGGCUUUGAGGAGGAGUCACCAUUCUAUCACAAGGGCCCAAAUUUCAAAAUGGGCGACGCCGCUAUGAAAGAAUUUGGGGCAGCGGCCCCCUACCUGAGAAAAUCCGAUAAAGAGCGUCUGGAGGCUCAGACUCGUCCAUUUGACAUGAAGAAAGAAUGCUUUGUUCCUGACACUGAGGAGGAAUAUGUGAAAGCAUCCAUCACCAGCCGUGAGGGAGACAAAGUCACCGCUCAAACUGCUAAAGGGAAGACUGUGACUGUGAAAGACUGUGACGUGCACCCUCAGAACCCGCCAAAGUUUGAUAAAAUUGAAGACAUGGCCAUGUUCACUUUCCUCCACGAGCCCGCUGUGCUGUUUAACCUCAAAGAGCGUUAUGCAGCAUGGAUGAUUUAUACCUAUUCUGGGCUGUUCUGUGUCACUGUCAACCCCUACAAGUGGCUUCCAGUCUACAACCAAGAGGUGGUUGUUGCUUACAGGGGAAAGAAGAGGAGUGAAGCUCCUCCUCAUAUCUUCUCCAUCUCUGACAAUGCCUACCAGUACAUGCUAACUGAUAGAGAAAAUCAGUCAAUUCUCAUCACCGGAGAAUCCGGUGCUGGGAAAACUGUCAACACCAAGAGAGUCAUCCAGUAUUUUGCCAGCAUUGCAGCUGGUAGUGGAAAGAAAGAAACUGGCUCUGAGAAAAAGGUAUCAUACCUAUCUUUGCAAAAUUAUAAAUCGACUUUUGUUUUCCUUUUUUUCUUCUUUUUUUUUUUUUUUGACCUACUGUUACAUUUGAGCAAAUUGCUGUGUUUUCAGGGUACCUUGGAGGAUCAAAUCAUCCAGGCUAACCCAGCUUUGGAGGCAUUUGGCAAUGCCAAAACCAUCAGAAAUGACAACUCUUCCAGAUUCGGAAAAUUUAUCCGAAUUCACUUUGCUGCCAGUGGAAAGCUUGCAUCAGCUGAUAUUGAGACAUAUCUGUUGGAGAAGUCCCGUGUCACCUUUCAGCUUAAAGCUGAGCGAGACUACCACAUCUUCUAUCAGAUCCUCUCUCAGAAAAAACCUGAGCUUUUAGAAAUGCUGCUCAUCACCAACAACCCCUACGAUUAUGCAUUCAUCUCCCAAGGAGAAACAACUGUCGCCUCCAUCAACGAUGCUGAGGAGCUUAUGGCCACUGAUGAUGCCUUUGAUGUGCUGGGCUUCACCCAAGAAGAAAAGAAUGGCAUCUACAAACUGACUGGUGCCAUAAUGCACUACGGUAACAUGAAGUUCAAGAACAAGCAACGUGAAGAGCAGGCAGAAGCUGAUGGCACUGAAGAUGCUGACAAAGUUGCGUAUCUGAUGGGCAUGAACUCAGCUGACCUCAUCAAAGGUCUUUGUCAUCCAAGAGUUAAAGUGGGGAAUGAGUGGGUCACCAAGGGACAAAAUGUUCAGCAGGUCUACUAUGCAGUUGGUGCAUUGUCUAAGUCAGUGUAUGAGAAGAUGUUCCUGUGGAUGGUGGUCCGUAUCAACCAAUCUCUGGAUACCAAGCAGCCUCGCCAGUAUUUCAUUGGAGUUCUGGAUAUUGCCGGAUUUGAGAUCUUUGAUUUCAACACCUUUGAGCAGCUGUGCAUCAAUUUCACCAAUGAAAAACUGCAACAGUUUUUCAACCAUCACAUGUUUGUGCUGGAACAAGAAGAGUACAAGAAGGAAGGCAUUGAAUGGACUUUCAUAGAUUUUGGUAUGGACCUGCAGGCAUGCAUUGACCUGAUUGAAAAGCCCAUGGGUAUCAUGUCUAUCCUUGAAGAGGAGUGCAUGUUCCCCAAAGCCAGCGAUGCAACCUUUAAAGCUAAGCUCUAUGACAACCACCUGGGAAAAUCCAGCAACUUUCAGAAGCCCAGGAUAGUCAAAGGGAAACCUGAGGCACAUUUUGCCCUGAUGCACUAUGCCGGGACUGUAGAUUAUAAUAUCAACAACUGGCUGGUGAAGAACAAGGAUCCUUUAAAUGAGACUGUUGUUUCACUUUACCAAAAGUCUACUCUAAAAUUAUUGGCCUUACUCUUUGCCAAUUAUGCUGGAGCCGAUUCAGCAACAGAUGGCGCGAAGGGCAAAGGAGGCAAGAAGAAGGGUUCAUCCUUUCAGACUGUGUCAGCCUUGCAUAGGGAGAAUCUCAACAAACUGAUGACCAACUUAAGGUCUACUCACCCGCACUUUGUACGCUGCAUCAUCCCCAAUGAGACCAAGACUCCUGGAGCCAUGGAGAACCCUCUGGUGAUGCACCAGCUGCGCUGCAACGGUGUGCUGGAAGGCAUCAGAAUCUGCAGGAAGGGCUUCCCCAACAGGAUCCUCUAUGGGGAUUUCAAACAGAGAUAUCGCAUCCUAAAUCCUGCUGCUAUUCCUGAGGGUCAGUUCAUCGACAGUAAGAAGGGAGCAGAAAAACUCCUCGGGUCUUUGGAUAUUGACCACAAUCAGUACAAGUUUGGACACACAAAGGUGUUCUUCAAAGCUGGUCUCCUCGGGCAACUCGAGGAGAUGAGGGAUGACCGUUUAUCUCUCAUUAUUACUGGCAUUCAGUCGAGAUCAAGAGGUCUCCUGGCAAGAGUGGAAUUCCAGAAGAUUGUUGAAAGGAGGGAUGCAUUACUGGUGAUCCAGUGGAACAUUCGUGCCUUCAUGGGGGUUAAGAAUUGGCCUUGGAUGAAGCUGUACUUCAAGAUCAAACCUCUUUUAAGAUCUGCAGAAGCAGAAAAAGAAAUGGCCAACAUGAAGGAAGAAUUCCUGAAGUUGAAAGAAGCUUAUGCAAAGUCUGAAACCCGCAGGAAGGAACUGGAAGAGAAAAUGGUCUCUCUUCUCCAAGAAAAAAAUGACUUGCAGCUCCAAGUUCAGGCGGAACAAGAUAAUCUUGCUGAUGCUGAAGAAAGAUGUGAAGGGUUGAUCAAACACAAAAUUCAGAUGGAAGCAAAAGCCAAAGAGUUAUCGGAACGACUGGAAGAUGAGGAGGAGAUGAAUGCGGAGUUAACGGCGAAAAAGAGAAAGUUAGAGGAUGAAUGUUCCGAGCUGAAAAAGGACAUUGAUGACUUGGAGUUAACUCUGGCUAAAGUGGAGAAAGAGAAGCAUGCCACUGAGAACAAGGUGAAGAAUCUGGUGGAAGAAAUGGCAGCUUUAGAUGAAAUCAUUGCCAAGUUGACAAAGGAGAAGAAAGCCUUACAAGAAGCUCAUCAGCAAACUCUGGAUGACCUUCAGAGUGAAGAAGACAAAGUCAACACUCUAACCAAGGCCAAGUCAAAACUGGAGCAGCAAGUGGAUGAUCUUGAAGGGUCCCUUGAACAAGAAAAGAAGAUUCGAAUGGAUCUUGAGAGAGCAAAGAGGAAGCUGGAGGGAGACUUAAAGUUGACCCAGGAGAGCCUAAUGGAUCUGGAGAAUGACAAACAACAACUGGAAGAGCAUUUAAAAAAGAAGGACUUUGAAGUCAACCAGCUCACUGCUAGAAUAGAGGAUGAGCAGGCAGUUGCCAUUCAGCUUCAAAAGAAAUUGAAAGAACUUCAGGCCCGCAUUGAGGAGCUGGAGGAAGAGCUUGAGGCAGAGCGAGCUGCCCGUGCUAAAGUGGAAAAGCAGAGAGCAGACUUGGCCAGAGAGCUGGAGGAGAUCAGUGAGAGGCUGGAGGAGGCAGGUGGAGCCACAUCUGCCCAGAUUGAGAUGAACAAGAAGAGGGAGGCUGAGUUCCAGAAACUCCGCAGAGACCUGGAGGAAGCCACCCUGCAGCAUGAAGCCACCGCAGCCACACUGAGAAAGAAACAAGCUGACAGUGUUGCUGACCUGGGGGAGCAGAUUGACAACCUACAGAGAGUCAAGCAGAAACUGGAGAAGGAGAAGAGCGAACUCAGACUGGAACUGGAUGAUGUCAUCUCCAAUAUGGAACAUAUUGUCAAAACAAAAACAAAUCUUGAGAAGACAUGCAGAACUGUAGAAGAUCAGAUGAAUGAAUACAAGACUAAGUUUGAAGAAGCCCAACGCUGCAUCAAUGACUUCAAUAUGCAGAAAGCAAAGCUUCAAACUGAAAAUGGUGAGCUCUCAAGACAACUUGACGAGAAGGAAUCUUUGGUGUCUCAACUAACCAGAGGAAAAAUGUCAUACACUCAACAAAUUGAAGACCUUAAACGACAACUGGAAGAAGAGACCAAAGCUAAGAAUGCAUUAGCUCAUGCUGUCCAAUCGUCACGCCAUGACUGUGACCUGCUCAGAGAGCAGUAUGAGGAGGAGCAGGAGGCCAAGGCUGAACUUCAGCGUGGCAUGUCUAAAGCCAAUUCUGAGGUGGCUCAAUGGAGGACUAAGUAUGAAACUGAUGCCAUUCAGCGGACUGAAGAAUUGGAAGAGGCUAAGAAGAAGCUGGCUCAGCGUCUACAGGAUGCUGAGGAGGCUGUGGAAGCAGUGAAUGCUAAAUGUUCAUCUCUAGAGAAGACCAAACACAGAUUGCAGAAUGAGAUCGAAGACCUCAUGGUGGAUGUGGAGAGGGCAAAUGCUGCCGCUGCUGCUCUGGAUAAGAAGCAAAGAAACUUUGACAAGGUCUUAUCUGAGUGGAAACAGAAGUACGAGGAGUCUCAAUGUGAGCUGGAAGGCUCACAGAAAGAAGCUAGAGCUCUGAGCACUGAACUUUUCAAGUUGAAGAACUGCUAUGAAGAGUCUCUGGAUCAGUUGGAGACCAUGAAAAGAGAAAACAAGAACUUACAGGAGGAAAUUUCUGAUCUCACCGAGCAACUUGGCGAGAGUGGAAAAAAUAUUCAUGAGCUGGAGAAAAUAAGAAAACAAUUGGACCAGGAGAAGAGUGAGAUCCAGUCUGCUCUUGAGGAAGCAGAGGCUUCGUUAGAGCAUGAAGAAGGUAAAAUUCUUAGAGCCCAGCUUGAGUUCAACCAGAUCAAAGCUGACAUUGAACGGAAAUUAGCUGAGAAAGAUGAGGAGAUGGAGCAAUGCAAAAGGAACAUGCAGAGGACUAUCGAAACGCUGCAGAGUUCUCUCGAAGCCGAGUGUCGAAGCAGAAACGAGGCCCUCCGUAUAAAGAAGAAGAUGGAGGGAGACCUCAAUGAAAUGGAGAUUCAGCUAAGUCAGGCCAACAGGCAGGCGGCUGAGGCGCAGAAGCAACUCAAAUCUGUCCAUGCACAUCUCAAGGAUUGCCAAAUUCAGCUGGAUGAGUCUGUUCGUGCCAAUGAUGAUCUUAAGGAGAACAUCGCCAUUGUUGAGAGACGGAACAACCUCAUUCAGGCCGAGCUGGAGGAACUGAGGGCUGCACUCGAACAAACGGAAAGAAGUCGCAAACUUGCUGAGCAAGAGUUGCUGGAUGUUAGCGAGAGGGUGCAGCUACUGCAUUCACAGAAUACUGGGCUGAUUAAUCAGAAGAAGAAACUUGAAGCUGAUGCAUCGCAACUUCAGAAUGAAGUUGAAGAAGCAGUCCAAGAAUGCAGGAAUGCUGAGGAGAAGGCCAAAAAGGCCAUCACCGAUGCUGCCAUGAUGGCAGAAGAGCUCAAGAAAGAGCAAGAUACGAGUGCUCACCUGGAGCGCAUGAAGAAAAAUAUGGAGCAAACCAUCAAAGACCUGCAGCACCGCCUGGAUGAAGCUGAACAAAUUGCAAUGAAGGGUGGCAAGAAGCAGGUGCAGAAGCUCGAGGCCAGGGUGAAGGAGCUUGAAAAUGAGGUGGAGUCGGAGCAAAAGAAGAGCGGUGAAGCAAUAAAAGGAAUCCGUAAAUAUGAGAGGCGUAUCAAGGAACUGACUUAUCAGACUGAAGAAGAUCGCAAGAAUGUUGUGCGUCUCCAGGAUCUGGUUGACAAACUGCAACUGAAAGUCAAAGCAUACAAGCGAGCUUCUGAGGAGGCUGAAGAACAGGCAAAUACCCACCUGACCAAGUUCCGUAAACUGCAGCAUGAGUUAGAUGAGGCUGAAGAAAGAGCCGACAUUGCUGAAUCUCAGGUCAACAAGAUGCGUGCUAAAAGCCGCGAUGUUGGCGCCAAGAAAGGACUCGAUGAGGAGUGAAAAACCACAGACAGCCAUGCAAGAAUUUCGAACUGUGGCUGACCGUUUCCAAAGUAUCCGUAGAAUAAAGCAAAUGUGCAAUAAAAAUAUAAGCUCUGUUUCUUUCUUUUAAAAGAAAAAAAAAUCAGGCAACAAUAACAACAACAAGAAACCCUAUCUGGGUGGCAAGUAUUAAAGAAGUAUUUUCAAAGUUAGAUCUGAAAAGGGAGAACCUGGAAGUUGGAUAAGUACAUAGCAACCUAGAACUACCACUGUGAAUGUCAUACUGAAUUUGUACUAUUAAGACAGGGCAAAAAGGCUUCUAUGCAUCAACAAGGCAUUGAUUCAUUUCACUACAAUAUUUCCAGGAAGCAGCAGAG